CCCCCCUGCUUUAUCGUCGUCUUCGCUCGAUCCUCUUCUGCGACGAACUCUCACUCUCUCAGUCUUGCCUUUUUCUCUCCCUCGCCCCUCUACAAGGAAAUUUUUCAGCAUUUUAGUCUUUGCCUCCGGCUUCGCUUCGUAGCUUCAUAAGUUUGGAAAUUUCUGACCGAUUUGGUGCGUGCUCUUUUCCUCUCUAAGCUUCGCCUUCGCCUCCAUUUCUUUGUGGUGGCUUUAGGGUUGGAUUUGGGGUUUGUGGAGGACAUGGAGAAGAAGCACGGGUUCCUCUCGGCUCUGCGAGGGGAGAUGGCACGGGGGUUGUCGCCGGCGAGGUCGAGGUCGAGGUCGGUGAGUCCGCAGCGGAACCACUCGCCUGUCGUGGCAGAUCUGCUGCUUCCGAAGCGGUGGAAGCGACAGAAAGCGAGGGGGUUCCCGGAGGAACUGUUGGUGCCGGCGUCGGGGAUUCUGGCGCCCUUGGAGGAAGGGCCGGAGAGCGGCGGCGGCGAUCCGGGGAAAGAGGGGUGGGGGCAGUGGGUGAAGGACCGGUUCCACAGGGCGCCGUCUGUUUCUGCAGGCGCCUGCCGCGGCACGGACCUCCGCCUCCUUCUCGGCGUCCUGGGGGCGCCACUAGCCCCCGUCCACGUCUCGCCCGCCAAUCCGCUCCUUCACCUCAGCAUCAAAGACACUCCCAUUGAAACAUCGUCGGCGCAAUACAUACUACAGCAGUACACGGCAGCUUCAGGAGGCCUAAAAAUGUUGAGCUCCAUCAGGAAUGCAUAUGCCAUGGGGAAGGUGAGGAUGCUGGCGUCAGAGUUUGAGACGGCCACUGGGAUCGUCAAGAGCCGGAGUGCAACAAAGGAAGCCGAAUCCGGUGGGUUCGUCCUCUGGCAGAUGGCGCCAGAGAUGUGGUACGUCGAGUUAGCUGUCGGUGGUAGCAAGGUCCAUGCUGGUUGCAACGGCAAACUAGUCUGGCGCCAUACUCCCUGGCUCGGUGCCCAUGCCGCCAAGGGCCCUGUUCGACCCCUCCGUCGAGCUUUGCAGGGACUUGAUCCAUUGACCACAGCGAGCAUGUUUGCUGAUGCACAGUGCAUUGGUGAGAAGAAUGUCGAUGGGGAGGAUUGUUUCAUCCUUAAGCUUUGUGCAGAUCCACAGACACUGAAAGCUAGGAGUGAAGGCCCUGCUGAGAUAAUCAGGCAUGUCUUGUUUGGUUACUUCAGCCAAAAGACUGGGCUUCUCACUCACAUGGAGGACUCACAUCUAACUCGAAUUCAGUCGAGUGCCGGAGGCGAUGCUGUGUACUGGGAGACCUCCAUUAACUCCUCCAUCCAUGACUAUCGCCCGGUCGAGGGCAUGAUGAUUGCACACUCAGGGCGUUCAGUUGUCAAUCUUUUCCGGUUUGGCGAAGUGGCCAUGAGCCACAGCAAGACUAGGAUGGAGGAGGCAUGGACUAUUGACGAAGUAGCAUUCAAUGUCCCUGGCCUCUCGAUCGACUGUUUUAUCCCUCCUGCUGAUGUAAAGCGUGGAACAGUCAGUGAAGCUUGUGAGCUACCACAAUCCGAGAGAGCAAGAAGCACCAUGGCAGGAAGUAAUAGGUCUAAGGUCGCAGCGCUCGACAAGUCUCAUGAUGUUGAUGAUGAUAACAGCUCGUGGAGAGUGGAAGUCUGAUGCCAAAUUCAAGCACUGAAAUUGUUCAUAGACAGUUCGUUUGCUCAAACUGACUCCCCACAAACUAUAAGACCGAAGGGAGGAAUUUGGUGGAUUUUGUUGCUGCUAAUUAAUUCAUCCGCUGUAAAUAGGGGGCCUAAUUGUUCAUGAGUCUGCAACUACGCAUAUCAACUUAAGUUUUUUUUUUCUUUUUUUUGCCUUGGAGCAGUCUGGUUUGGCUUUCUUUCUUUUAUCAUUGUAACAAAAAUUUCCUUGUGCAUUUUUCCUUUCCGUCAAUUUGGUAGCCGAGAUGAGUCUUUUUCCCUACCUACUGCAAGUCUGCAAUCAUAUAUAUAUAUGGGGGUCAUACAAAGUUGAUGUAAACCAAACUUCUGCAGCUCUCGUUGAUAUAAAUGGCUGGCUUUCGCUGAACCUUUUUUAUUUUUCA